AUGCGUUCUGCUACAACCCCAGAUGCCAACCUACCCAUCUUCGACUUCUCUCGCUUUCGAAAUAGUGACCAACAAGAGCGCAAAGAAGCCUCAAAAGAGAUCGUUCAAGCCUUUAAAACUUUCGGUUUCAUCUAUAUCAUCAACUAUGGCAUCUCGCAGGAGAAAAUUAAAGAUCUAUUUUACUGGAGCGCGAAAUUUCACGAACUUCCCGACGAAGUGAGAAACAGCCCCGAACUCCUUCGUCCGGAGCCUGUACCUGGAGCAACAGGAUAUAUAGCCCGUGGCUUCUCACCCUUGGGCAGAGAAAAGAUCUCGCAAGACACUUUUGAUGAUCAGUCUCUAAAAGCUCUCCGACAAGUCCAGGAUGCCAAAGAAUUUUUCGACAUGGGACCCGAGGCUGGGGUUCCUGCUGUCCGUGAACCAAAUCGCUGGCCUUCCGAAGAUGUCCUUCCAGGCUUCAAGGAGUAUUUUCAAACUUUCUACACGGAGGGCAACGAACUUUCAUUGGAAAUUCAGCGGUGUCUCGCCCUUGGACUAGAUCUUGACGAAGAGUUCUUUACCAACUUCCACCAAGACGCCGAUAACCUGCUCCGUCUCAUACACUAUCCGGCUGUUGAGCGCAAGGCUAUUCGAAUGGGUGAAAAGGCUCGAAUUCCGGCACACACGGAUUUUGGCACAUUGACUAUGCUCUUCCAGGACAGUGUGGGCGGUCUUGAGGUUGCUGAUCCCAAAAAUCCUCAGGAAUAUAUCUCCGCAACUCCAAUUGAAGGUGCAGCCAUUGUCAAUAUUGGCGAUUUUCUGAAGCGAUGGACGAAUGAUAUCCUCAAGUCGAACUUUCACCGUGUCGUCGAGCCACCAGCCGAGCUUGAACUUGCUGAUGGGAACGAGCUGGCCAAAGAGCGCUAUUCUAUACCAUACUUCGUCCAGGCGGACCGCAACAAAACCAUCGGAUGCAUCACAAGCCUCGAGAAGAAUGCAGAGCCAAAGUAUCCUCCUAUCAGUGCGCAGGAAUACCUCAAUAUGCGCACGUUCGCCACAUACAAGCUCUAG